AUCCAGACCCACCCACAUACACGCACACACACUCAUGCUCUUUCUCCCUCCUUGGCAGGAAGGACUCUCCUAUGAACCAGACGACAACUUGCGCCUCUCUCCUUUUUCUCUGCUGGCAGGUGUUAGAAAUAAAACCAUAAAUAAGUGCUAGAGGGAGCAAAGACAGCAGGGAAGAGAGAGAAGGAAAUAUGUCUGGCUUCAUUUUUUUUUUUUUGCUGGAGAGAGGGGGAAAUAUGAUGGAAAAGGAAUGAUGAGGAGUAAUCUGUAUUUUUGAGUAGCUAGAGCAGUUAUUAGGGUUUUAUUUCUGUCAACUGUAUUUUUGUGUGUGAAGGGGAUUGAUAAGAACACUUGGAUCAUCUUGGCUCAACGUUGUGAGUUGGAGAGCAUUUAAGCGGAAACAAAGUAACCGAGAGGAAAACAAGGCAUUCAUGGACACUAUAACACCUCAGCCACAAUCCUGGAUGAGUUGGAUUCGCACACUGGAGUUGGACCCCAUCCAGCCCACAGUCCACUAAUACAAAUGAGACAGUCAGAUGUUCUUGCUUCCACUGAAGUUUAAGAUUCUGUUAAGAUCAUCUUAAAUCAUGAUUGAGAAUAUCAGGAUUAACACAAACCUGUGGACUUCAUGCAGCUUGCGUGCUGCUUGGCAUACUAAGGAGUACCCAUGUGCUUUCUGAGCUAUGCUUCCCGGCUAUGGAUUCUCUCCUCUCCUUGAUGUCCAGCCUCACCUCCAAGCAUUCCAUUGCAGAGGCGAGAGCUCUGACAUGUGGUACCCAGGCUCAGUGGAGACCCAGGCUCUGAGUGACUCUAGGGAAGGUAGGCCUCUCCUGCGACAGCAUCAACACAUUGCUGUGUGUCAGCAAGAGACAUUGGCCUUCAUUGACCUUCAACAGCAAAGCGUUAAUGGUUUCCAAUCACAGACAUUGGAAAACUGUAGUUCCUCUCUUUGCUCCAAGCCUGUUAGAUGCAAUGGAAAUGGUCCAACUGAUUUUGUCGAAUCUGGGAGUACAGACACAACACUAGACAAUUAUUUAACCCAGGAUACCAAUAAUGUGGAAGGGGCUCAGGAUCAGAUGUGGACACCCAUUACUGCCUUACCUGAAACAGUAUAUGAAAAACCUGAACCAGGAGUUGAGGGUCUCAGUUCUCGGGAUUUGUCUCUGCCUCUAUCCCCUACAUACGAUCCUGAGAACAGGAACUCUUUGGAGCCUCAGCAGCUGAGCUCCCCCCCUUCCUCCUCAGAUUUCCAGAGUCGGGAUCCAUGUCGCCUUCAAAGACGAACCUCUUUGGGAUCCAUAAAGGAGAAGUCCAUAAGGCGCAAGAUGAGGGUGUACUCUCCAGACACUCUGAGUGAUGGGUCCAUCAGCAGCCCAGGUGUGGAGUGUGAUUACCUGCUUCCAACAUCCUUCGAAUCAUUCGUAGAAGGAGGCCUUGGCAUGGUGGGUUCUACCAUACCCACAUCUCAUAGUUCCAGCUCUCUCCCAGGGGUAGAUGAGGACCUCUCUCUUCUUACCUUACCAAUGCCACCAAAACCUUUCUUAGACCCCCCUCAGGAGGAUGCCAGAUUGGAGGGGGACACAAAUGAUGGGGGGAGGCAGAGGUUGGGCCUGGAGGACCGUGGGUCUCUGGAAGGCCCUGCCGUUAACAGUGGGACCUCACUGUCUCUGUCCCGCUCUCGCUCAGCAGACGAGCGCCGGCGCUUCUCUGCCUCUGAGCUCAUCUCUCGUCUACAACUCUCCCAGAGGAAAAACUCUUUUACCCUUAAGCUGGGCAAGUCUCUUUCUGCUCGUGUGGCCUCCCGGGACCGCCAUCUGUCUGGAAACCUCAGCUCAGACUACAAACCCAACUCCAGACAUCACUUCUCAGGGGGAUCAGGUGACAGUGCACCACACAGUCCAGUGGGGUCUGCGCCACCUCUGCCCUCUGCUGACUGUAAUCUGCCACAGCAAAGGAGGAUUUCCAAGCAAAGUAUGAGAGAGGUUUCCAUUGAUGAGGAUGGAGACAGUCCUCCCAGUAGCUCUAAACGCUUAUCACGCUUCCUGCCGAACUUGAUUUUGUAUCAGGAAUACAGUGACGUUGCUAUUAACAGAGAGAUACAGAGGCAGCAGGGGGCGGAGCCAGGAACCGAUGAAGAAAGAGGAGACUCUGUGUCCUCUGGCAACCUUUCCCCAUCCAGUUCAUUCCGCUCAUCUCGAGGCUCCGCCUUUUCCCUUUGGCAGGAUAUUCCUGAUGUUCGGUCCAGUGGACAACUUGACAACUUCAGCAAUGAAGAGCGUAAACUGCAGGAGGCCAAGUUUGAGUUGGUGACGUCAGAGGCCUCAUACAUACGCAGCUUGUCUAUUGUAGUUGACCACUUCAUGAUGUCUCCUGAGCUGUCGGAGUGUCUUGGGACACAGGAAAGGCAGUGGCUUUUCUCAAAACUGCCUGAUGUCAAAGAAGUCAGUGAGAGAUUUCUUCAAGAUUUGGAGCAUAGGUUAGAAGAGGACAUUCUGCGUUUUGAUGUGUGUGACAUUGUCCUGAACCACUGUCCUGCACUGCGGCGGGUUUAUCUGCCUUAUGUCACCAAUCAAGCCUAUCAGGAACAGACCUAUCAGCGGCUACUGCAAGAGAAUCCCCGUUUCCCGGGAAUCCUUGCCCGUCUGGAAGAGGACCCAGUGUGCCAGAGGCUGCCUCUUACAUCAUUCCUUAUCCUUCCUUUUCAGAGGAUCACACGCCUCAAAAUGCUUGUGGAGAAUAUCCUAAAGAGAACAAUGCCUGGAUCACGAGAUGAGGACACUGCCACCAAAGCACUUAAUGAGCUUAAAAAGAUUAUAAAGGAAUGUAACUCUAGUGUGCAGAGCAUGAAGAGGAUGGAAGAACUAAUUCAUCUAAACAAGAAAAUUCACUUUGAGGGCAAGAUUUUUCCUCUAAUCUCUCAGUCUCGCUGGCUGGUCAAACAUGGUGAACUGCUCGAAGUGGACACACAGAACUUGAGUAUUUCUGGGUCUAAGUUGAAAGUUACCACUCGGCCUGUGUACCUUCACCUGUUUAAUGACUGUCUUCUGUUGUCCAGAAGGAAGGACACAUGGAAGUUCAUGGUGUUUGUACAUGCAAAGAUUGAAGACCUCAAGGUGAAAGAUCUAAGCCAGAAACUUCAGGGAAUCCCAGGCUUCAUCUUCUAUCUGCAGUUAUGUGAGGGACAACAGCUAAAACACCAGAUUCUGCUCAAGUCGCCCACAGAGAGCAGCAAACAGAGGUGGAUAACUGCUAUGUUUCCCUCCGAUCUAAAGACAGCUAUUGAGCAGACCAAUGAAAAUGAUGAUCUAUCUCAAGUCCAGUGCAUAAAGAGCUACCAGUCUCAGGAGCACGAUGAGUUAACGCUGGAGAAGGCAGACAUCCUUCAAGCUGUAACCAUUACAAGUGAUGGGUGGGUAGAGGGGAUCCGGUUGUCGGAUGGAGAGAGGGGCUGGUUCCCCAAAACUUACGUGGAGGAGAUCACAAGCCGCAGUGCUCGUUUGCGAAACCUCCGUGAAAACAUUCGCAUUAAAUGUGUCUCACAAAAAUUAGAGGGAGAGACCCUCUGAGACCUUGAAGUAUGGGACAUUGUUUUACCUAAAGCUUGUUGGUUUCCCAAACCAGAAUACAUUUCUGUGAAUAUUCCAGAUUUCCAUGGCUAACAUUUUAGAUUUAGUAAGGUAUGCUGUAAAAAUCUAAAAUUGAUUGCUGAUAGGAUAAAUAAAACUAAGCAUCGCAUCUAUGGAGGACUUAAAGUGACGCAUAAAACACAUCUAAUUAAUUUAUUAAAUUGAAAAUAAAAAUACAUAUAAAUCACUUUGCAAAGUUUUACAAAUAUAUUUAAAAAAUAUGUAAUUAAUGAUUACAAUAAUGUUUGAAUAUUAAGAAAAAAUUAUAUAAUGAUGCAUUUCAAUUUUACAAAUGAAUUUUGAUGAAUGUUUCCUUGACAAUGGAAAAAUGGUUUCAUACACUGCCGUUCAAAAGUUUGGGAUCAGUAAGAUUUGUAAUUUUUUUUUUUUUUUUUUAAAGAAGACUAUUCUGCUCAUAAAGGCUGCGUUAAUUAAAUCAGAAAUACAGAAAAAAACUGUAAUAUUGUGAAAUAAUAUUGCAAUUUAAAAUAAUGUUUUUUUAUUUUAAUAUACUUUAAAAUAUAAUUUAUUCUUGUGAUGCUAAGCUGAAUGUUCAUCAGCGUCAUUACUCUAGCCUUCAGUGUCACAUGAUCCUUCAGAAAUCUUGCUUAAUGUGUGUGUUUUUGUUUUUUGUUUUUGUUUUUUGGAACCUGUGAUAUUUUUUUUUUCAGGAUUCUUUGAUGAAUGAAAGGUUAAAAGGAACCGUAUUUAUUCAAAAUAUAAAUCUUUUGUUACAAUAUACACUAUCAUUCAAAAGUUUUUAAAGGGAUUUUUUUUUUUUCAUUUUGAAAUAAAUUAAUGCUUUUAUUCAACAAGGAUGUGUUAGAUUGAUAAAAAUGUAUAAUAAAGACUUAAUAUUGGAAAGGAUUUUAAAUAAAUGCUGUUCUUUUAAACAUUAUUCAUCAAAGAAUCCUGAAAAAAGCAUGACCGGUUCCAAAAAGAAGAAAAAUAAAAGCAGCACAACUGUUUUCAACACUGAUAAUAAAUCAUAUUGGAGCAUAUUUGAAUUAUUUCUGAAGGAUCAUGUGACACUGAAGACUAGAGUAAAGAUGCUGAAAAUGCAGCUUUACAUCACAGAGAUUUUAAAAUAUAUUAAAAUAGAAAAUCAUUAUUUUAAAUGGUAAUACUAAUUUACAAUAUUACUGUUUUUCUGUAUUUUUAGUGAAAUAACUGCAGCCUUGAUGAACAGAAGAGACUUCUUUAAAACAUAAAAAUCUUACUGAUCACAAACUUUUGAACAGCAGUGUAUCAAUUUUCAUUUUAAUGAAUUAAUUAAUUGAUUAUUGAUUUCCUCUGGAUCCUACUAGUCCUCCUUAAUCAAGUUUUGCACUUCAGGUUUUAAGUACGGUAGCUCUUCAUGCAAUAUUAUCUUGAUUCUUUUCUACUGCUCGCUUGCAAAGAAAUGCAUGUGUUGUUAAUGCAUGUAGCAUACGGUGCUGUGCUUUCUGACAGUCCACAGACGCACACACACUACUCAAAAUACAGCUGCCCCGGGCUAACCAUGUGGGUGGAGGAAAUUUGGAUAUGUCAGCUGUUAAAAUGUUUAGCAAAAUAACAAGAUCCAAUUUAAAUGCCUUAGUUUUAGGUGGCAUAGCAGCCAUUUCACUAUCAAGUGUUUUUAUGAGGACUGAAAGUGAGAUGUCUAAAGAAAAUGAGAGUUAAAUAAAAUGAGAUGUCGUGUUGUUAGCAGAUUCACUGAAGUCACACAGGAAAGCUACAGUAAAAUGCUUGCUUUUACUAGUGAAAAAUUUGACCCAAAUAUUGAACUUUUUGACUUGCUGUUGCAACAUAAAUAUUAGUUUAUCCCACUAUUCUUCUGUAGAUAAUCAUUUACUUAAUAGUGCUGGCAUAAUAACAGGAAGUGUUUCUUUCAAAUUAUGACCAUUAUUUAUGUCAGUGAUUACUGAUGUUUGUGAAUUUGUUGUUUUGGCAAAGCAGAUUUUUUGAGCAGUUUCUUUGUGGAGUACUGAUAUCCUGAGCAUGUUAAAUCGCAUUUGAAAUAUGAUCCAUAAGGGUGACUUUGUAAAUAAAAAAAAUGCAUAUAUUGAAGCUGAAAA